CUGGGUGUGCCGAUUCACCCGCAGCUUCCGGUUCAUACAUUUGCAGGGAGAAAGGAAAGAAACGGAGCAGCUCGGACGUCUUGGGGCAAACAAGGGAGACAUCCUGAAGAAGGGCGCGCCUUAACAAACAUAUUCAUGUGUUCUGAUUGAUUGUUUCGUUCGUUAAGAAAACGCUGCAUAGAUUUAGAAGAUAUGUUGAGGCGCGUUGUGCGACAGAGCAAGUUCCGGCAUGUGUUCGGCCAGGCGGUGCGGAACGACCAGAUCUACGACGACAUCCGCGUCUCCCGGGUGACGUGGGACUCCUCCUUCUGCGCCGUCAACCCCAAGUUUGUGGCCAUCAUCAUCGAUGCCAGCGGGGGCGGAGCGUUCCUGGUGCUCCCGCUACAGAAGACGGGUCGCAUAGACAAGACCUACCCAACCGUGUGCGGUCACAUGGGCCCCGUGCUGGACAUCGACUGGUGUCCUCACAACGACCUGGUCAUCGCCAGCGGCUCUGAAGACUGCAAGGUCAUGGUGUGGCAGAUACCUGAGAAUGGCCUGGAGGAACCUCUGUCACAGCCGGCUGUGGUCCUGGAGGGCCACUCCAAGAGGGUGGGCAUCGUGACCUGGCACCCCACGGCUCGUAAUGUCCUCCUUAGCGCAGGCUGUGACAACCAGGUGGUGAUCUGGAACGUGGGGACGGGCGAGGCCCUGGUGCGUCUGGACGACAUGCACCCCGACGUGAUCUUCAGCGCCUGCUGGAGCCGCAGCGGCAGCCUGAUCUGCACCGCCUGCAAGGACAAGACGGUGCGCGUCAUCGACCCGCGCAAGGGGAAGAUCAUCGUGGAGAAGGAAAAGGCCCACGAGGGAGCUCGACCAAUGAGAGCCAUCUUCCUGGCAGACGGCAGCAUCUUCACCACUGGAUUCAGCCGCAUGAGCGAGCGCCAGCUGGCUCUCUGGAGAACUGAUAACAUGGACGAGCCCAUAAACAUCCAGGAGAUGGACUCCAGCAACGGCAUUCUUCUGCCGUUUUACGACCCGGACACCAACAUCGUGUACUUGUGCGGAAAGGGGGACAGCAGCAUUCGGUACUUUGAGAUCACGGACGAGUCGCCGUACGUGCACUACCUCAACACCUUCUCGUCCAAGGAGCCUCAGCGGGGGAUGGGCUACAUGCCCAAGAGAGGCCUCGACGUCAACAAAUGUGAAAUUGCUAGGUUUUAUAAAUUGCAUGAGAGGAAGUGUGAGCCCAUCAUCAUGACUGUGCCCCGGAAGUCCGACUUGUUCCAGGAUGACCUGUACCCGGACACGGCCGGCCCGGACCCCGCCGUGGAGGCGGAGGAGUGGUGGGCCGGGAAGAACGGCAACCCCAUCCUGAUCUCGCUGAAGAACGGCUAUGUCGCCACGAAGAACCGGGAGCUGAAGGUGUCGCCAAACCCUUCCGCUCCCCAGAAGACCCCUGGACCCCAGGCCCCACAAUCCACCCCCAUAAAGGGGGAGGACAAGCUGGAGGAGGUGCUGCGGGAGUUCAAGUCGCUCAGGGACCGCGUGAUCCUGCAAGACCGGCGCAUCGCCAAGCUGGAGGAGCAGAUCGCCAAGGUGGCCAUGUGAUCAGCCCCCCCUCCCCCUGGGGCCGUGCCAUGGUCGCGGGGCGUCGGCGGGAGACGAGACGAGGUGGGCCGAGCCAGGGCCGAAAGGGUGAAAUCAAUUGGGCUUCAUUCCCCCACCCUCCCCCUCCCCUGGGAUCAGACCAAGCUCUCAUUCCAAGAUGGCGUCUAUCGUUUUUUUUUUUUCGUUUCUUUCCCAUGA